CCCACAGACCACCGAGGAUCUGCCGCACAAACAACCCUUAUACAGGUGGGGGCGACGGCCGAAGAAAGACACACAAAAAUGGCGGGAAAUUGCUCAUCCUUCCUCCUACCUUAGAACUGCAGAUGUAUUUCUAUCUCCUCCCCAUUUAUUCAGGCGAAGAUCUACGCUUUCUGCAUCCAAGUCAUGCUUGCAGUCGACGCCCUAGAAAUCCUAGGGCAGAUCGAAGUCCUCGUCAUCGAUAAGCUUCAAGUGGUAUCGUAUAAAUGGCUCAGUCGAAACUUCUCCAUAUCAUCAAAUCAGGCCAAAAAGUUGCUUCAAGAGUUUGUUGACAAACAUGACACCAAGGUGGAAGUGUUAUAUUCGUUGGCUGGAUGGUCGAAGAGCAAUCAUGAAACAUACUGUGUAAAACUUGCUUCUGGGCAGAAGCUUGCAGAAGUAAUAAAGGAAUUUGAUGGUAAUUGUUCAGUUGAGGUUUACAGCAUUCAAAGUUGUUUACCGAAAGAUCUUGCAGUGCUUUGGAAUGCUGAAUUUGUUCAAGCAGAGGAGCUCUUUAAUCAACCAUCAGCUGUUGAAAAUUCUUUGAGGGACAAUAGGUUUGGUGGCAUUUCCAAUGGCUUCGUUAAACGUGCUAUCAAUGGUCAAUCAGCUGCUGUUUCUUCGACUUCUCAACUUAAAGAUAAUGUUGGAAUCGUGCAAACUAAAGCCUGCAACAUUCCUCAGGAUGAGAAUUUGCAACCCCAGCAGAGCAAAGGUGGUGUAAAGGUAGAGCCGAAGGCCUCUAAUGCAGUGGGGUCUGUUGACAAAGCUGAUCAAAAUCCUGGCAAGAAUACUACUAAGUUUAAUCCUGUCAAAGAAACAGCUAAUCCUGUUCAGGCUAACAGAAAGAGGAGUGUUCUAAAUGAGAAAACCUCAUCUGGAACUGGUGGGUCAUUGACCACACUGUGGGAUUGUGCAUCAGUGAAGUCAAAACCUUCAAGUAUGGCGUCACAUUCCACCCAUCAUAGUGGAAAUGCUGCCUUUACUGCCGAUGCUCAAAUUCAUGCGGAAGAGGCGGCUGAUGCAUUGAGUAGUGAUGAUGAGGGCUACGGUGUAUCCUACAAGAGAGAAUCAAAUGGUUCUGGCACUAGGAAAAGACAGUUGAUUAUUAGUUAUUCAGACGAAGAAGAUGAAAAUGAUAAUGUGGUGUCCCUAGCAUCUCCAAUUCCUCCAAAUGAAAAGUCAUUUCCAGACUCUUUGCAAAAUGCUGAAAAUUUGAGUAUGAAGACGGAGACAGUCAGUGCUGAUAAACUAAAGGCCAAAAAAUUAGUUAAUGAGCGAGCAAAUAAUGAAAAGAGUUGCGAGUUAUCAUCAUCAGAAAAUAAUGGCAUAGCCGAGGUUUCUUUUCCGAAGGCUGAAAAUAACUUGCAUAAUGUUGUUGCCAGCACAAAUGAAAAGGAGAAUGUUUCUAUGGUAUCCAAAAGGAAGAAAGUGGUGAAGAAACGAAUUGAUGAGCGAGGAAGGGAAGUAAUGGAGGUUGUUUGGGAGGAUUCUGUAUGCAGCAAGCCUGUUGACAAGGAUAACACCAAUGAUGCAGGAAAUAGGUCUACCGCCGCAAUCAAAGAACAAGCAACUGGGACCAACGCACCACCAAAUACUGGAACAAAAGCAGGCACCAAGAAACCGGGAAAAGCCGGCGCUAAUGAUACAAAGCAAGGAAAAAUUUCAUCCUUCUUCAAGAAGAUCUAACUCAGGCUUCAGAUUUUUAUUUCCCCAAAUGCUGCGCAGAAACAGUUCAUAUUUACUUAAGAGUUUGUAUAUACUACCAGAAACUCCUCGUUGCUUCAGAUCUGUUUCUCAGCUAAAUUAUCUAUGCAAAAGCUUGUUUCAGGAUUAAGGUUUUUGUAGAUGUAAGUCCAGGCUUCAUAAAUCCAUCUCUUCUCAGAUCUUUUUAUUAGAUCAACAAAUGUCUCAUUUUUGUACAUUUUGAUGGAUUAAAUGCCGUUUUAUGCCAUCUUAUCU